AGAGGAGGAGAGAAAGAAGCCAAUCAAUCAAUGGAUCCCGGGGACGCCUUCUCGGCGAACGUCUUCAAGUGGGACCCCCGGGUGCCGCCGACGGCGGCGCCGCCACCUCCUUGUCGGUCGAUGGAACCCCCAGCACCGCCGGCGGCGGCGGGGGAAGAGGAGGCGGUGGAGCAGCGGCAGGAGCCGCGGGAGCUGGGGGAGGUGUUCGCGGGGUACGGGGUGCGGUACGCGACGGUGGCGCGGCUGGGAGAGCUGGGGUUCACGGCGAGCACGCUGGUGGGCAUGACGGAGGGGGAGGUGGAGGAGGUGCUGGCCGCCCUCGCCCACCUCUUCCGGUGGGACCUUCUCCUAGGCGAGCGCUACGGCAUCAAGGCCGCUCUCCGCGCCGAGCGCCGCCGCAUCCUCCACCACCACCAGGCCAUGCUCUUCCUCCACCCCGACCACCACCAUCAGCUCCCUGCCGGCGAUGAUGCUCGCCGGAGGAUGCUUCUUCUCAACUCCCCCGACCAUCACCAUCUCGCCGGCGCCCUCGACGCCCUCUCCCAAGGAGGCUUGUCUGAGGAGCCGGUGCAGCAGGAGAGGGAGGCGGCGGCGAGCGGCGGGGAGGCGGCGGUGGUGGCGAACAACGACGGCAGGGCGAAGCAGCGUCGGAGCGCCACGAAAUCGUCCAAAGGCAAGAAGAAGGAGAAGAAGAGAUCAUCGGAGGAGGAGCUGGAGGAGGAGGAAGAUGGGUGGGGAUCGGGAUCGGAGGGCUCGGAGGGGUCGGAGAGGAGCGUGGUGGAGCGGCAGAGGGAGCACCCGUUCAUCGUGACGGAGCCCGGCGAGGUGGCGAGGGCGAAGAAGAACGGUCUCGACUACCUCUUCCACCUCUACGAGCAGUGCCGCCACUUCCUCCUCCAGGUCCAGGCCCUCGCCAAGGAGCGUGGCGACAAGUGCCCCACCAAGGUUACAAAUCAAGUGUUUCGAUAUGCCAAGAAGGUUGGGGCAAGCUACAUCAACAAGCCAAAGAUGAGGCACUACGUGCACUGCUAUGCCCUUCACUGCCUUGAUGAAGAGGCAUCCAAUGCACUGCGGAGGGCCUACAAGGAGCGAGGGGAGAAUGUGGGCGCAUGGCGGCAAGCAUGCUAUAAGCCCCUCGUGGCCAUCUCCGCAAGGCAUGGCUGGGACAUCGAUGCCGUCUUCAAUGCACACCCUCGCCUUUCCAUCUGGUAUGUCCCUACAAAGCUCCGGCAGCUCUGCCACCUUGCCCGCAGCAAUGCCACCACCUCCAACUCAGUCCUGGGGGCCACCUCAUCCAAUGGCCUCCCCCCGCCACCGCCACUGUUUUAGUUGUCAAUUAGGAGGCUGUCUGAGGUUAAUUUGUAGGCUGUGGCAUUUGACUCCUCUUUGCUGUAUCAUGACCUGUUUAACAAUGCAGCCUGUUUCUAUAAGACAGGACUGGCCUUUUCUAACUCGGAUUGAGAGGCAACGGGGCCUGAAAAGUUGUAGUGAUUUCCAUUAUUUGAUGCUGAUGAUAUAGUAAAUGGUGUGCUUGUAGCUUUCAUCAUUGACAUGAUAGUUGAAAGGACAAACUGUUCGGAUGAUCAA